UGCAAUCUAUCCACGCUGCCACACUCACACUCUAUCUGUACUUUUCAAUGAGGGAAGUUUCCAUUUUUUCCGACAUGUUGAGAAUUCCCUGCAUGUUUCUUGUUCUUGUGUUUUGGGCUCCGGUUCUUAGCGGGCCCCUGACAAACCCCCACCCCAACGUAACAGACCAGGAACUCUUCUGGGGUGCCGACCAGUACGACUUCUCUGUGGUGCUUCCUGCUGCUGGGCUGGAGUGUUUCUGGCACUUUGCUCACCAUGGUGAGAGAUUCUACCUGAGCUUCAUGGUCCAGUGGGUGACAGGAGUCGGCCAUGACAGACACCUGUCUGUCUAUGUCAACGCUCCUGGUGGUCUGUUAAUGUCAACUGUUGAUGAUGCAAAGGGUCAGAUCAACUUUGUGGCUGAGGAAACAGGUUUCUAUCAAAUGUGUUUCAGCAAUUUCCACAACCACUUCGGGACCAUGCAGGUCUAUCUCAGCUUUGGUGUUUACUACGACGGCUACCAAGGCCCCACCAACAGCAAAGAUGAGGAAAAGAAGAAGAGAGAGGAAGUCAGCAAAGACCUGAACAACACACUGAGCAUCAUACAGGAUGCGACUCACAAAGUGGAGAACCACGUCUUCCACACGUUCCGCUACUACAGCUUCGGUCGCAUGCGGAAGAGCGCUGACUACUUUCUGCUGCUUUCCAACUCACAGUACAUAACCUGGUGGUCGACAGCCCUCAGCCUCCUCAUCAUCACCUCAGGGUACCUGCAGCUCCUCUUCCUCAAAAGACUCUUUGUCAGCAAGACUGGCGCUGAGGAGGAGAAACCACGCUGCUGACGGACUCAGUGUCACAGUUUACAGUCAUGUUUUCAUCCAGCAGAAACACACCGCAAUGAAAGCCAACGGCAAUGAAUAAAUAAAAAAGAAAGAAAAAAACUCCUAGUGUACCUGGAUUCAUGAAUGCUACUAAAAGGCUGUGGUGGCCAUUUUUAGGGUUCAAACACCGACAGGGGGAGAACAAUAUUGUUUUUGCUUUGGCCUUUUUUUUCUUUUAAACUAGAAUAAGCCAAAACCACAAAACUAUGUCACUUUGAAAAUGUUGUGCGUUAGCGUUAACCCUCAUAAUCCAAAUUGGCCACAUGGUGGCGGUGUAAUUAAGCCCCAAAAAAUAAAAAAUUGGAAAGACCACCCCCCUCACACCGUGACUCAAGUUCAAUGUGCUCUCCUGAAUCACUGACAUGCCAGGUGACAAAAUGUUGCACUAAUUAGCAAAAACUGAAAAACAGUAAUAUGAAUAGAACUUUUGAAAUUUUGACUUUAUCAACACAAAAUAUUGGUAUGCUGCCUUAAAGUAUUAAAAAUAAAAUUUCUAUUAUAAAUGAUCAAGAUUGGUUCAAAAAACAUGGCCGCUAGUAGCCAAAAUGUCUUUGCAAAGGGCGGGGCUUAGAGGAAUAUUGACUAUAAGUUAUUAACCAUUUGUCCAAUCAUCACAAAUCUUGGUAUAUAACUUACAGCUCUGAUUAGCUACAGGUCUGCUUAAAGUAUUUUGUUACCAACCUGUACAAAUGUCUAUCUCAAUAACCACUGAACAGAAUUUCACCAAAAUUAGUGUGCAUGCUCUGGGGCCAAGUAUUGAUCAAAAUGUGCCACCUAAUUCGUGAAUGUGGGCUUGGUCUAUAGCAUAUUUGAUCAUAACUCAAGAUGCCUAUUACCUCUCAUGACCAAACUCACUGGGGACCUCUCAUGCCAUCUGUUGAAUAAACACACCAAGUUUGGAUAUCAUCCCAUGAAGGGAUGAAUGGCAGAGGGUUUGAAACCUCCAAACGCCGCUUGCGGCUAUAUUUCCUUCUGGUAUUGUCAUUGUUUC